GUUCCCUCUAACUGGGACUGAGAAAGUAGCAGCCCGUUUUUGAAGCCCAGGUAUUUUGCUAAUUUUUCAUCCACAUUCUUUCUCAUUCACCCAGAAAGGCAGGUUCCCUUCUUUCUAGUUUUUUCUUUUUCUUUUUUCCUGGACUUGAAGUCAUUUCUCUCAAAACACCACUUCGUGCGUGUGCACGUGGAACGCCGACCUCCUUUGAGAAGAUCACCUGCUCAGCUUGGACGGGACAAGAAGCUUCAAGCGACAGUCCUGCAGAGACAUUGCAAAGUCAACAGAAAGCGUUGCAACGAGGGCUGAUCUCACUUUCACUCUGCCCAGUAUCCUGAAGCAGAUCAUCAGACCAUGUAAGCUUCCCAGCGAACAUCCCUAAAUCAGCGAUCAAGUCCAGUGUGGAAGGAACAUCAAGAUAACUUUGGAUUUCUACAUGAUGAUUGCACAUUUACUCAACUAGAUUCCUUGGGUUAAUCCUGCAGAACUGAACCUUCAUCAUCAUCAAAUUAUUCCCAGCAAGUUCAGAAAGCAUCUGAAGUUGAGCUCUUGGUAUAGGAAACCUACAUCCUGCAGAGUUUUUUCCAUCUGGAUAACUGCUUUCUUGAACACGGACUGCCCUUUGUCCAGCUCUCGGCUCUGCCACCUCUCUCUCAAGGCUUCAUGCUUCUCAGUUCUGGAAGAAGAAAUGUUCAGAAGCAUGAGUUGAGUGUGAUCCCAUGGCUUCUCAUGUAAACACAAUGAAAAACAUGUCAUGCAAUGUCACCAUUGAUGAAUUUCGGAGUCAGGUGUAUCCCGUGACAUACUCCAUAAUCUCUAUCCUGGGAUUUGUGGGAAAUGGCUUUGUGUUGUGUGUCCUCAUCAGGACAUACCAGGAGAAGACACCUUUCCAGAUAUACAUGUUCAAUCUCGCAAUUGCAGAUCUUCUGUUUGUAUGUACUUUGCCCCUGCGAGUGGUCUACUACAGCAACAAAGGCAACUGGUUCUUUGGUGACUUUUUAUGCCGGAUCAGCUCCUAUGCCAUGUAUGUCAAUUUGUACUGCAGCAUCUUAUUCAUGACAGCAAUGAGUUUUUUCCGUUGCAUUGCCAUUGUUUUCCCAAUUAGGAAUAUCCAAUUUAUCUCACAGAAGAGAGCCAUCAUGGUGUGUGUUGGCAUUUGGUUCUUCGUGACGCUGACCACUUCACCAUUUUUGCUGAAAAAUACCCAGUUAUCGAACGAAAACAUAUCCAAAUGCUUUGAACCACCAAGGAAACAGGACGCAAGGAAGCUGAUGAUUCUCCACUACAUUGCAUUAUUUGUUGGUUUCAUCUUCCCCUUUAUUACCAUUGCCAUCUGCUACACCAUGAUUCUACAUAAACUCCUGAAGAACCCCAUGCAUAAGAAAGCAGCAGCUCGUAAAAAAGCCAUCUGGAUGAUCCUAAUUGUGACCAUAGUCUUCCUCCUGAGUUUCACCCCGUAUCACGUCCAACGCACUGUCCACAUCCAUUUUAUGAUGAGAGAGGAUACAACCUGUGAGAAGAAUCUCUACAUGCAGAAAUCUGUGGUGAUAACCUACUCCCUUGCGGCAUUCAAUUGUUGCUUCAAUCCACUUCUCUAUUACUUUUCUGGAGGUAACUUUCGCAGGAGACUUUCCACUUUCCGAAAGGUUUCUACUUCCAGUUUGCAUCACAGGAAGAUGUCCUCAAAGAUGGAGGAAGCAGCGAAUGGAAACACAAUGGAACAUAUGGACUUGUAAGGGCUUCUUCAUCUGUCCCUUGGCAAAAACACACAGUUUGGAAGUGACAGAGAAACGGACGGUCUAGCACCUUGUAAAACUGAAACUAAUGAGGGUUGGCAAGACGUUCUACCAACACCUCCCCCAAACAGAUGCCAAUCUGAGAUGCAGCUUAUCUCACCUGUGUAUCUGUGUGCAUCGGUGUUUACCUAGUUCCUCAGCAUGGUGCCGAGAGAAGCCAGUACGUAUAUAGACAUUCCCUUGGCAACUUUCAGAUUCCCUGCUCCAUCGGAUUUUUUAUAUUUUAAAAAUGUUGUCCCUGCAAUGCAUCAUCUAUAUUUCCAAAUAUGCCUCUGGGCUCCAAACAAACCCUAUAAGAUGAGUUGCAAUCCAACGCUAUGUUUGGAAGUGUGCCCACUUGUUCAGAAAAAGGCAGGGAUAAGCAGGGAUAAUAGGGCAGGAGAAGGAACUAAAGAAAUUGCAGAUACUGAUGUCUUGUAACUGGUUAUGUCCCUUAGUAGCUAUUUUGCAGAUAGACAAUUUUCCCCAUCAGCAGACAUUUUGCACGACCACCACAUCAGAUUCUCAAGAUACCAAAAGGAUCCACUAACUCCCCAAAACCUUGGGGACCUCUACUAUAAACCAUAUAAGUUGAUUUCGUAUUAGCAUUUUUCUUUUUCUUUUUUGAAGCCCAGGACUGUUUGUACUUGAACACAUCUCUGCAUGCCAAGCUUACCAGAGACAAGCUUCUUUUGUCUUUCUGCUCAAACAUGAAAGAGCAAGUUGGAUAUCUAAUGUGAUAUUAUGGGUGCCUACCCUUGAUAUGAUAUUGCCAGCUCGAAUAGCACCAGACUGUACCCUGAUCAAGCAUUCUUGGAUUGAUAACUAUACAGAAAAGAAACCAUAAUUUCUUAACCUAGUGGUCUCCUGAAUGAGUUGGACUUUUUAACUUCUGGAAUCCUUUGACUGUGCUGGUUAGAGAUUCUAGGAAUUUCCAGUGUAAUGUGUCAGGAGAACCCUGAUUUGGGGAAAGCUGAGCUCAACCAUGGCUCCACACUGCUGGUUAUAAGAAAGUGAAUUCACCCCUCUUUGGUAAAGAACUGUUGAAUGGGGAACACUUGGCUGAGUCAUCUUGUGAAACAGUCUUUUCUGAUGGUGGGUCACUUUUCUCUUUCAUCCUAAAAGCAAGCUUUUUUUUCAGCAUGGAAAAGGAAAUCCAGCCUCUUAUUUUAAGUUGGGAGGUGGCAAUCGGCUAUUAAAGGAUUAGGAAAUUAUGCUAGAGAGCUAAAAAUAUUAACAAAAAAGAAAAGUAAAUGUGGGACAGUGAUCAUUUUAGAGAAACAAGGAAGAUCUACAAUGAAAUAUUGCCUUUUGCCCUAGUCAAAGCUGAAACAAAACUCUUCUGUUGUUCAGCUUUCAGGAAGGGUAGAAAGGAGGAAAAGGGUUUUUUUUAACGACAUAAUAGUAAAUAAAUGUUACAGUUUGGAGGCCAAUCUAAUUCCAGUUUUAAGGACUAAACAGGCAAAUUUGGAGGGUGGCAAAUCUAUUUUCAGGAGAUGGAGAGAGAGAGAUCUUUUGACAUACAGCUGAGAAACUUGAGGUUUCCAGAUGUUAGAGAGCUCAUAUGAGUCACAGCCAGCUAACACGGGCCAUAUUUAUAGCAAUGAAAACUGUAGCCCAGCAAGGAGAAUGUAAAGAAGAAUGAGCACCUUUUCCUUCAUCCAGAAGUAGUUCUGUAUAUUGGAGGAAGGGAAUUUUAGGUAUACAUCCCAUCUCCCAUCCAUUUCCUCCCACCCAGUAUAAUUAUUAUAGGUUGGGGAGGACAUGUGUGAAAGCAAAAUACCCAUAGAGACAGAGUGCCUAGAGAGGGCCUAUGUUUCUCUAGGACCUCUAUCUUGGUAGAUGUAAGGGUUAGUUCAUUCUACAGUCAACAGUUUUAGUGACUCAGAUGUCCAGCUGGAGUUUAUGUAAUCCUAGGCAAGACUCUAAUCCCUGGAGUUAGUUGAGUAAUUCAACAAUAAAUGUAAUGUAAACUCAACAUUUACAUUACCAUCUAAAAGAGAUAAGGGCUCCCCUAAGACAAUUAAAUCCCAUAUACAAAAUUACAAAACUGUUCCAUUGUGCCAUAUUUUUUAAGUAGCAUUGGGUUGGCAAGUUGCCAUGGUGAUUCGGUCAAAGCUAAGAUGUCCUUCAGGGAAUUGGAUAUGAUUUAAUAUCCUGGUCACACAAAAUACAAACAGGCAGCCAUCGUGAUGACAAAAUGAGCUUCAGGGUCAUGAUUUUCUCCCAUCAUUUUUGACAGGGGCAGCAGGGAAGAGGCUGCAGACUGGGAGUGGGAGACAGUGGAUGAAAAUUAAAAAAUAGCCAGCCUUUUCUUUUUCCCCCUCACCCGAAUUCCAAUCAUGUCAGCUACACAAAGCCAUAACCCCCAUGGCUUCCCACAAUCAAAGUUUCGUUUUUCAGCAGCCAGAUCAACCUCUUUGCAAGAUCCCAAGAAAUGUGGCACGGGGGAGGGGAA